AACCAUUGCAUGUCACUUGCUGAUAUUGAACUUGUUGAUCUGUUUGGUCGCUGGAGAACACCAUUGCAAUCACAACCAUCCCACAUAUAUCCAAAUGAAACACUAAUUUUCUAUGGCUAUCUCAGUUGUUCCCCACUGUAUCCGAUGGUCACUAUCUCAUUGCACACACUCACUGCAUACCACCAAUUGCAUCGGACAUGUCCUUGGUUUAGCAUCCAAGCACAAUGUAAAACAUUGUGCCAUCUACACAAUAUUCCUUAUCACGCUUAUCUCAACACUCAAUUCUCUGCAGCAUAUGAUGUGUAUCUCGAGAUACUACAUCACGUGAAGACUCGCCUCAAUGAUGCUCUUGGCCAAAAUACUCCCAACUGGUGGCUUCUCAAUUCAUGUCUGUGUUGUGUCUACAAACUUGAAGGCGAGCCUCCCCUUCCUUUUGAUUGGCUGGUGACUGUAGAUGGAAAUAACAGCCUCAAACAUUGGGCGUCAUCGACAUAUGGCCUGCAACCACAAGAGGAUUCACAGCAGCCUUGUUCAGAUUAUUGGGUUGACCAGGUGGCUGUCAACAAAUUCCAGAAUGAAGUUCGAACACACAUGAUACGUCAAUCUAUCUUUGUAUAUGACUGGGAAGAUGUUGGGUCUGAAACGCAAGGAUCAGAAUUCAGAUGCACUGAGAGAUGGCAAAAUGCGGGCCCUGAGCAACAUAAAAAAAUGUUUGCUGUUUUUGAUGAGUCAGGGAUUUUCAUUGCAGCAUGUUGGCACCAUUUUGUGCUUCUUGCCUGUGAUAUGGUUCGAAGCGGAGAACUGGCAAAAUACCCAUUGGCUCUUCUUGAUCAUUUGAUGUCCAUCUUAGGUGAAAAUGGAGGUUGUGCUUAUGAUAUUGGGUGUGCUUUUGCCAAGACU